GUCGUGGAUGGCGUGCCGAGACUGCCAGACGAAAGCGUGCCACUUGUGCCGGCGCUGCAUCACCGCGCACUGCACAUGUGGCCCUGUUCUAGUCAAUCCCAUCUGCCUGGAAUCGAAAGCAUGUGACUGUAUCACUCUAUCACGGUGUGGUCGCUGUAGAGGCUGUAAACCAACCAAACGUCGCGCCAUCUACCAUUGCAACUGCGCGCAGCAUGCACUUGGCAACUGCUUGUGCGAUUCCAUCCUCGUACCAGAAGACAAUGCGCACGACAACUUGAUGCAGAAACGACGGGUCCGGCGGCGAUUCAGCCUCCCGAGUGUGGAUAACGUGUACAGCGCCCGCCAUUCCAAGCAAGAUCUGUUUGAGUCGUCGGCCAUGUACAGCCUGUUGCGCACGAAAGGUGGUAAAAUUCUAUCACACACAGACAGAGACGGCCGCCGCGGCGCUCACACGAUGUCCUACUUGGCCUCGCUCGAGCGCGAUCGCUCCAAGGCCACCGAGAAAAAAGCGUUGCGAGCCAAGGCCCCCGAAUACUUUGACCGUGCGAUGGACAACGCGACGUAUACAGCUGAAGUAGAAUCCCGCAUGCCGUCGGAUGGCAUCGUGGACUAUCUCGUGUACACGGGUAGUUUGAAGGUGGCGAACGUGCCCGAGCUGCUUGGUACGAUGGACUCGUCAGCGGCGGUCGCGGCGGCCAUCGUCGUUGAAGAGUUCAUCCGCCAGGAAGUCGAAGCCUUUGUCGAGCAGAAACAGCAGGUACCGUUGGUGGACGAAGAGGCCUUGGUGGGGUGCAUCCACGAGCUGCUCAACGGAGCCAGGCCCACGGCAUCGCUGGCAGACUCAGUCACGAACGAAUUGCAUCGCGUGUUUGGAAAAGAUGCGCUGAGUGCGUACGAUGUCAAGAAGAUGGUCGAGGACGAGCUCGCGUGUGCCACCGCCGACGACGACAACGAAGAGCGUGCGCAACCCGAAUCGAUUCAAACAUGGAAGGCAAGUCGAGUCGCAAAGGGCAUCCAAGAGCUGGCGCAGGGGGCUGUCCACAGCGAAGACGGCAUAUACGUCACCCUGGUGCAUGGACGCCCGUCCUACUGGUUCUCGGCCGAGGUGCCGGACCACGGGAUUGUGACCAGCGAAGGGUAUUCUUCAUAUUCCCAAGCGUGGAAUACUAAACUCGAGUUGGAAGCACGGGUCGAUGCGUAUAAUCAAGGAGAGACCGCCACGAAAGAUGGCGAUGAUAUGGCCGACGACGAGAACGUGGGCGGCGCCAAGGAGGUCGUCGAGGCUGUGCAUCACAUCCAGGGUGUGGUUGUGCCGCUCAAGACGUACUUUCCCAACGAUCAAUACAUGCAUCGCGUGCUGAUGCGCAUUGCUCUGCCGAUCCCCGAAACCCCCGCGACCCUGGCAGAACGAAUGAAGAGGCGCCUGUGGAAAAAGAUCGAGCGCGCCCGCGACGAGCAGGAGCGCAAAAAACAACAAAAACAGCAGGAAACCGAAACGAUGGAGCACUGGCUGCGGCGAUGCGUGGCGGAAGGCCGGUGUCCGCACUGCAGUGGCCCUUGCGACCACAUCGACGAUUCGACAGCGACCUGCCAGUUGUGGAGCCACUUCCAAGCCAAGCUUGCGUCGGUUGACGACCGACACCGCUCCUUUGAAGACGUCGCGAUCGAGUGGUUUGACGAACGGCGGGAUGACGCGUUUGAUGUGUAGACAUCAAUGGCUCGUUAAUGUACCAUGUCCCCUAUCAAUCCUUCGCAUCCUUCGUGUAUGUCGCGAGGUGGGCUGUGGAUGAAAUGCCGCGGCAUAU